GCAGACAUAAUCACACAAUCUGAAUAUGCUGUACUCUACUUAAUCACAUGCAUGUCCUGAGAACGAGAGAGAUUCAGUCCUUAAUCGACGCACUCACCACUCGCUCGCCGGUUCGAGCGAAUUCUCCUGUUCGAGCAGCUUCUCCGCAACGGAGCAAUUUGUGUGUCUCCACUUCUCCGGUAGCUUGCAGAGGUUCUUAUCAUCGCACCAACGACUGCAGAACUAGACUUUGCUUGGCUGCAGAACCCGACUUAACAAUCCUACAUCUUCUUAUCAUCCUCUACAUCACUCGGCUAGCCCGGAUGUUACCCCUGGCUUACAGGGUCAAUAAACGAAGGGUAAAUUCUGGUCUCCUGAUUGUCUAGGUGGUGUGUUCCUGAAGACGCAAGUCACAGCUUUCCUUCCGCUCCCUCACUCGACAUUACAAAAAGUGGGCCGACCCACAGAUUUCUAUAUUGGGGGAACGAACUGUUCGUGACUGUGGGGUCCUCUGUAGUCUAGCCAAAGCUCCCAGAUAACACGAUUAUGCAACGGAGAGGCCCUCAAUUCU